GUAUGUCCAGCCUACUAGCCCCGCCCACAAACCUUGAGAGAUAAAGUAAGGAAAUUUAUUACUCUAUCUCUGGAUGGAUGAAGAAGGAACUAUAGUGUACUUCAAGACCUCUCCUUCUGUGCAAGAUGCUGAAGAGGAGUUAAUAUUUGGAGAGGUAGCACACGUACACGUCAACAAUCCUACACCCAGCUAUCCCUCUGUCGCUACAAAACCUCAGAGCAGUCUGUUUGGGAGAUUAUCUGGAUACGCUGAGCAGCUGCUAACAUACGCACAUAGUCGAGAUAAAAGCCAGCAACUGUUGUCUGAGCUGGUAGAGUCAUCACUGCUGACAGAGGAGGACUGCCACAUCCUCCAUGUCUCACUCAAACACCCACUAGUUCCCUGCACCACCUCACAGCACUCAACCAGAUGGUCCUUCUACUGGUUGCCUGCGCUGGUGGCCCUAGGAGCUAGCCUUCUCUACGUUGGCAGCCAUAUUCUAAUUGUUGGUACAAUUAUACUCAUUGCUAUUCUUGGAUCAGCAGAGGCAAUAAUAAACAGGUACAAUCAGAAGAGACUUGUUUAUCGAUGGAGAAAGUACUCCAACAAUUGUGAGGAGCUGCUGACUCUCCUAACCAAGUCACUUCGUCUAAUACAAGAAACAGAAGUGUUGUCUCGUGGCUACAGUCGGCCAUUGGCCACAGUCCCAGUGUCUCGGCUGGAGCAGGGUGGAGGCAGCCACUCCCUCCAGUGUGUUCCUCUGAGGAAGAGAGUGUUCCAUGUGUGUAGUGACGGUGUACAGCUGCUGAGAACCGUCACUAAGAGACUGUGCACUAGCGUCGCCAUUGCCGAGGAGCUGGACAAUACUGACCAGUAUUUAGCAUUCAGGGAGCUCAAGACUUUGCACCAACACAUGGAAGGGAGUAAAGAAGGAGAAGAUGACUUUACCAAUGAGCAGCUGUCUCUUGAAUCAUUGAAAGAUGCCUGCAAUUUAUUUGCCGUUCAAAAUUCCGAGUUUCUUCGUCGCUUAGCUCUAUUGAUUGGACUCUCAAACACAUCGUCCAAAGUUGUCCUCUUUGAGAGCACUCUAAAAGAAGUGUUGCCAUUCAUGAGCAAGGCACCUGGGGAGCUAGAUUGGGGUCUGCAGUACCAGAGAGAUUUCUUGUUUGGAGAGCCCCCAGGCAAGACAGGUAACCAAGGAAAUGAGUUGAGAUAUCACCCUGACUUGCAACCAUUUGUAGAAGAUGUUCACUGUCUUGAUCUCAAGCUACAGCUGGCGUUGCAUAGUGUCAGGAACAUAGGAGCAUUGCUGACUGAGAGAUACUCAUCCUCUGGUAGCAGACCAUCAGAGAAGGAGUUGCUGGGGUUGAGGGAACAGUUCUCUAACAUGGAGUCCCAACUGAGCAUGACUGCUCAACACUGCAGUGGGGGAGAGGCUACAUUGACUAAAAUGCUGGCACCAUCAACUGAUGAGUCGGCCAGCCCCCCUGAGACACACCCCCCUCCUAACGUCACUUGUCAAGGCAGCAAAGAAGAAGCUAAACUCACAACAGAGGACACCUCAGAUGAAGAAGACGUUGUGUUUGAAGCGUACGUACCCCCAGAUGCACCUGACGCACUACUGGAGGAGGUGGAGCUUGUCACAGAUGAGGAGAGACAGAGAUUGAAAGAAGUCGAGGAAGUCCCGGCUCACCUGCUUAGAGAACUCAACUCCGUACUGGCUGUGAGGAACGAGGCCCGAGAGAAAAGGAGGCAGGCAAAGAGAACUAAAAGUUCAAAGCAGACUUUGUUAGCUCAUUCUCAAGACAGCAAAGAAACUUAUAAAGACCAUGCAAUUAAUACAUUGGAUAUUUCACGAGAAGAGACCACUUUAACUGAUGGUAUCGAUGCAAGUGUGGCUAUAAAGAAGGAAUCGAAAGAAGCUGUGGAUGAUAAAGAAGUGGAGGAACCAUACAGAGGUGUGAACUUCAUGACAGGACUAGAGCAGAGCAGUUUGGCUGUAGCCGUGGCAGCUGUGGCCCUCAGACAGAGACAGCACACAGAAGAGUUCUUUGAAGAACAUGAUUAAUUUUCUGACCCCAUGGCAUGCUUUAAUUGUAUAAUUUUGCUGUUUCAGUCCUGUAACUCUUAUAAUGUUGUUAUAAUUUUUAUACACUAUUUCACAAUGUGUUGAAUAAUCAUCAAAACACGAAAAACUACAA